CCAUUACCACUUCCCCCCUCUCUCUCCUCUGCCCUCUGCCCUCACCCCUCUCUCUCUCUAAACAAAGACCGGAGAGAAACACAAGAAGAGAGCGAGUAGAGACGAACACCGACCGAGAAUCCUUUUUAAUUGAUGGGCAGUGAAAUUCUUCCCUUGUGGAUCUGAAACAUACAUACUGCUAGAUUCGUUGUUGAAUCUCCCGUCCCCUCUUGAUUUGCUCGAAAAGAAGAAGGAUUUUAUUUGCUCGUCGUUGCUUUGCUUCCGCUUUGUGUUUUGUUGGUGGUUGGUUGAAGAAGAGCGAGGAGGGGACGGCAUGGUGAAGGUGAAGAAGGAGGGACCUUGCUGCCAUUGCCGGGUCAUGAGCAGUCCUCUCUGGCGACACGGGCCGCCGGAGAAGCCGGUGCUCUGCAAUGCGUGUGGGACGAGAUGGAGGAAAAAGGGUACACUGGAGAACUACACACCAGCACCACAAGUGCAAAGGAAACAAACCGUUCGCAGAACAGUGAAGAAAGAACCAUCUUCUGAUAACAACUUGGGGAAGACAGGGGAUGCUGCUGACACUUUUAGCAAUCCAUCUGGUUUCGGAUCAGCGCUAUCCUAUUCAGGUUCAGCGCAAUCACAUGCUCGGGAGCCACUGGUACCAUCAAGAAAAAAGAGUUGUGUCGGUCGUCGUCGUAAGCCGUCAACGGUGGAAGCGCUUGCGGAGGAUCUCAACUCCAUAAUGCACGAAGAGCAGUUAUGUUCUGGUUCAGGGCUUGGUACCAUUCCAGGAUCCUCAGACGAAGACCUACUGAUUUAUCAUAGCGAGACUCCUGCUAGCUGCUUUGAGAUUGGUUAUGGAAGCAUGCUUCUUAGACAUCCAAACUCAGAAUCAGAAGCAAAUUCUGUUCCUGCACAUAACAAGAAAGUAGGAGGAAGAGGAAACGCCGGUGGUGCUUUCAGAGGCCUUACCAAGUCCACUAUGAGGUCUCUCAAAAGACUUUAUGAAAGCCAGCCUCAAAUCUUCACAGAUGCAGAAGUGAGAGGAGGAACCAUGCACAAGCCUUCUUUUCAGUUCAGAAUGCCGAAAUCUGGUAAUGCUACUGGAGGAGUAGCUGCAGCAGCAUUUAACCUGUUCAUGUUACCCCCAGACAAAUUAUCAUCCAUGCUGGUCCCUCCUGAAAAGGGUGGUGAUCAAGACUCGCUGCUGCUGGAGGUUCCUCGCAAUGCGCUGCACCCGGAGGCAGAGCUUCUUCUCAGCUGCCCCCCAUCAUGCCGAUAACCGGUGGGCGGGCAUCCGCCAACUCGGUGAAGUUGGUUUCAUUUUGUGUAGCACAUAUAUGGCUGGAGAAAUGGCAACUUGUAUUAUAGCUCUGCUGUGUGUAUGGGAAAUGGAUGAAGUACUAGUCUGCAAUGCAAUACAAAUACUUGCUGGACAGGUUUCCUCUCAUGUUUAAUUAGUUAAAUUAUUAAGUAUAUUAAUAAAGUGGUGCUUAAUCUUGAAUAAAGUGGUGCCAAACACUGUGUUGAAAAA